AUGUCAGAUUCGAGCCGCGAGAUUUCGAAAGAGCCCUACCGCGAAGAUGCUGAACCUACGCAACGACGUACUAGCCGAUAUGGCGACGACUGGAAUCUCAAGGCGGAUCCGUUCGGCGACGAAUCCAACGCGCAAGUCAAAUAUCGGACUUUGACUUGGUGGCAGACAUCUCUGUUGAUGAUUGCUGAGACGGUGUCCCUCGGCAUCCUCUCUUUGCCCUCAGUGAUGGCUGCGAUUGGCAUGGUACCAGGCGUUAUUCUGCUGGUAACUCUUGGCGCAGCCGCUUCAUACACUGGCUAUGUCUACGGGCAAUUCAAGGCAGCAUAUCCGCACGUUGCAAAUAUGGCAGAUGCAGGAGAGGUGCUCAUGGGCGCCUUUGGCAGGGAGUUUGUCGGAACUGCGCAGAUCUUCAUCUUGGGCAGCCAUCUACUGACCUUUACAAUCGCAUUCAACGCCAUUACUGGUCAUGCGACUUGCACCAUCGUCUGGGGUGUAGUUGGGCUGUGUGCGUUCUUCAUCUUGUCUCUGCCAAGAACAUUGAAGAAGGUGUCGUACAUGUCCAUAGCAUCCUUCAUCUCGAUAGUUGGUGCCGUCUUCAUUACACUUAUCGCCGUGGCGAUCGAGAAACCCGGACGCAGAGUUGAUGCCACUGUCACCACUGAUUUCGCGUCAGCCUUCUCGAGUGCGAUGAACAUCUGCUUUGCAUACGCAGGCCACAUGGCUUUCUUCAGCUUCAUCAGCGAGAUGAAGAAGCCAGAAGACUUUCCCAAAGCGCUGGCUGGUCUGCAAAUCAGCGAUAUCAGUCUCUACAUUAUAACGGCGGUAGUUAUCUACACGUAUGCCGGUCCAGACGUGGCCUCGCCUGCAUUGGGUUCAACGACGCCAGUGGUUAAGAAGGUGGCGUAUGGUAUUGCAUUGCCAACAAUUGUGAUUGCUGGUGUCAUCUAUGCAAAUGUGGCAGCGAAGCAAAUCUACGUUCGACUCUUUCGAGGGACCAGACACAUCCACGAGUCGACUUGGCUGUCGGUCGGAACGUGGAUAGGAAUCGUUCUCACGCUCUGGAUCAUCGGCUGGAUCAUCGCGGAGAGUAUCCCAGUUUUCAACGACCUCAACUCUCUGAUUGUGGCACUCUUCGUUUCGUGGUUCACCUAUGGCUUGCCUGGCGUGUUCUGGCUGUUCAUCAACUACGGCCAAUCGUUCAAGAACUGGAAGAAGGCCAGCUUAACAAUCAUCAACAUGUUCUUAGUCGUGCUCGGCGCUGCCAUCUGUGGCAUUGGUCUCUACGCCACAGGAACAGCGAUCAAUGCUGAUGCUGGCAGCGGAGCCUCUUGGAGCUGUGCAGAUAACUCAUGA